AUGGGGUCUCGAUUAAACUUUGUUGAUGGUGUGAGUGAUGAAGUGACUAACCCAAAGCUGCCAACUUUGGGGAGUAGUGGUCUUCUUCCAUUGACGAGACAGAACUCGGUGUUCUCGUUAACCUUUGAUGAGUUUCAGAACUCAUGGGGUGGUGGAAUCGGGAAGGAUUUUGGAUCGAUGAACAUGGAUGAGCUCUUGAAGAACAUAUGGACAGCUGAGGAAAGCCAUUCAAUGAUGGGAAACAACAACAGCACCAAUUUCAACAACAUCAAUAAUGGUGGCAGUAGCGGAAACACUGUUGUUAACAGCGGUAACAACAACAACAAUGGGGUUUUACCUGUUGGUGUGGGAGGUGAAAGUAGUGGUUUUUACUCUGGUGGGAGCUUGCAGAGACAAGGGUCGAUUACUUUGCCUCGUACGAUUAGUCAGAAGAGGGUUGAUGAUGUCUGGAAGGAGCUGAUGAAGGAGGAUGACAUUGGAAAUGGUGUUGUUAAUGGAGGAACUACAAGUGGAAUCCCGCAGAGGCAACAAACAUUGGGAGAGAUGACUCUGGAGGAGUUUUUGUUCAGGGCAGGUGUGGUUAGGGAGGAGUCUCAAGCUCAACCGGUGGAGAGGCUUGAUAACUUCAAUGGUGGGUUCUACGGUUUUGGCAGUAAUGGAGGUCUCGGGUCAGCUCGAAAUGGGUUUGGCUCUAACCAGCCUCAUGACUUUUCUGGAAAUGGAGCAGCGGUGAGACCUGAUCUGCUGGCACCUCAAGCUCAACCACUGCAGAUGCAGCAGCCACAGAAGGUGCAGCAGCCGCAACAACUGAUACAGAAGCAGGAGAGACCGUUUGCCACACAGACCACUAUCACGUUUUCCAACACUGUUGAUGCAGACAACUGUUCUCAACCUGCAAUACAGGAAGUGAAGCCUUCAAUUCUUGGAAUUCGGGACCAUGCUACUAUGAACAACAAUCUGCUGCAAGCUGUUGAUUUCAAAACAGGUGUUACGGUUGCAGCAGUAUCUCCUGGAAGCCAGAUGUCUCCUGAUCUGACUCCAAAGAGCGCCAUGGAUGCAUCUUUGUCACCUGUUCCUUAUAUGUUUGGCCGAGUAAGAAAAACUGGUGCAGUUCUGGAGAAAGUGAUUGAGAGAAGGCAAAAGAGGAUGAUAAAGAAUAGGGAGUCAGCUGCAAGAUCUCGCGCUCGCAAGCAGGCAUAUACCUUGGAGUUGGAAGCAGAAGUUGCGCAGCUUAAAGAGUUGAAUGAUGAGUUGCAGAGAAAACAAGUUGAAAUCUUGGAAAAGCAGAAAAAACAGCUUCUGGAGCCAAUUCGACAGUCAUGGGGAUGCAAAAGGCAGUGCUUGCGAAGGACAUUGACUGGUCCCUGGUAG